AACGCGGGAACCUGAGCACCACUCUUUAACCCUCCGGGUUCGGACAUGAAGUGCAGCGACAGACCUGCAGCGUAUGGGGACUAGAGCCCAGCAGCAGCCCUCCAAACGCGAUCAAGUGUCAGUGAAGGCACAGAUUUCCAGUGUUUUCAGGCGGACUGUCAGCAUGGGGAAUGGGAUCAACAAGGUCCUUCCAGACCUAUAUUUGGGGAAUUUCAAAGAUGCCAGAGACGGAGAAGCGCUUGCCAGAAACAAUAUCACACACAUCCUGUCCAUUCAUGACAGUGCAGCUCCCAUUCUACAGGAGAUGACCUACCUCUGCAUUAUAGCGUCUGACUUGGUCACACAAAACCUGACUCAGCACUUUAAGGAAAGUAUAAUGUUCAUACACGAGUCUCGGCUAAAAGGAGAAGGCUGCCUCGUUCACUGUUUGGCUGGAGUGUCCCGCAGUGUCACCUUGGUGGUGGCGUACAUCAUGACCGUGACAAGUCUGGGCUGGGAGGAGGCGCUGGCCGCCGUUCGGGUUGUUCGGCCGUGCGCCUGUCCCAACCUGAGCUUCCAGCGUCAGCUCCAAGAGUUUGAGGCCACCCAAGCUGAACAGUUCAGAGAAUGGCUACAAAAGGAAUACAAGGACAACCCGUUCAACGAUGAAGCUGACAUACGGAACUUGCAACCAGAAAGCUCCAAGUGAAAGAUGAGGAAAAGGAUGAAGAAGACAUUCUUCUCUGAACUUUGUCUGAAGGUGUUUGAUCUUCGACCUUUGCAGCACUGCCUAGACUGUGCAAUGCAUUUCCAUUAUGGUCUACAGUCAGACUGCAAACUCUGUAUUUGAUGCUCAUGAAUGUAAAAAUAUUCUAAAACGAAUGUCUAAAAAAAUAUAUAAACUACAAAAACUGUACUGUAUGUGUUUUAUAAAUAAAAGCUGAACAAAUGAGAAUAGUUUAUUUACCUAAUUAUUGAGACAUGAUUUUAUUUUUUCGUUGAUGUUGCAAACCCAGAAGCUACAUUAGGUUGGUGGUCGGUGGGUGCUGACACUAAAUGUGAUCAUGCAUGUUCUGUGUGCUGUUCAGCGCAGUUUCCUGGGUCUCUUCCUGUUUGUCUGAUGAGCAACGAAGGUCAUGCAUGGGAGCAUCAAGCCAAAAUGGUCUUACAAGACUUUUGGCUCCGUUGAAUUUUAAACUCACAAAUUAAUAAAGCAUUUAAUAAAGUAUGAGUAGUUAAAAGAAUCAUUUAACGUCAGAGAGAAUAUGCUUUGAACUGCAUACAGGGCAUGCACAGGAGGAACCACUGGAGGGCAGUGUUGCAAACUUUUUACAUUUGGAAUAAUCUCAUAUUUUAAAUUAAAGUUUGUAUUUCUGACUUUUUUUUGUUUUAAUUGGUAAAUGUGACAUUUCCUAAUAAUUACUUAGACAUAUUUAGGUAUUUUCAGGUAGAGUUUCUAUCAGUAGAUGGUCGUUUGGAUCAGAUUUUCCUUUUUAGGUAAUUUCUUUUGGGAUAUUUAGUGAUGGGAAGUGUAAAUUGUUCCAUUCCGUUGUGAUCUGCGUUCAGGGUGUCACUAGAGGGAUUCCCCACGACACCGCUGCGUGGGUGAAUUCAGGCUUUCAGAGAAGUGAACGCGCCAAAUUGCAGCACAUCUCUUCUUGAACUUCUCUGAGCCCCAGAAGCUCCUCCCUGAAAAAUCAAGAUGUGAGAAAGUUUAAGAGCAGGACCCCGAGAUCCCCGCCUGCAGCUUACAGUGGGGCCCCUGCGGAUCCAAAGAGAUGAACCUGGAUGAAGACAGCAGCGUGUCAGGUGGCUGCGGCAAUGGAAAACUGAGGCAGUGGCUGAUCGAUCAGAUAGACAGCAGGAGAUAUCCCGGCUUGGUUUGGGAAAACGAGGAGAAGACCAUCUUUAGAAUUCCGUGGAAACACGCAGGGAAACAGGACUACAACAGAGAAGAGGAUGCUGCGCUGUUCAAGGCAUGGGCAAUGUUUAAGGGAAAAUACAAGGAAGGUAUUGACAAACCAGACCCCCCCACAUGGAAAACCAGACUUCGCUGUGCUCUUAAUAAAAGCAACGACUUUGAUGAAAUAGUGGAGAGAAGCCAACUGGACAUCUCAGAUCCAUAUAAAGUUUACAGAAUCAUUCCAGAGGGAGCAAAAAAGGAAAUGAAAAUGAGCUGUAUAGAGGAGAUGCCACAGCACGCCAAUGCCAUUGGCUUUAUUUCGCCUUACACAUCACUGCGCAACCAGGUGCCUUUUGUAGUUUCUCAAGAGAGAAGGGAUUGGAGGGAUUACCACCCUUCUCCAGAGCAGCAAGCUCUGUCCAGUCCACAUUUACAUGGGCCACACGCAGAACUGCAGUACGGCCAGUGUCCCUACCCACCAUCAAUCAGCCGAGCUUGGCCCGGGUCACACACAGAAAAUGGUUUUCAGCUCUCAUUCCAUACCUACCUUUCAGAGUCUCAACCACCUUUGUAUGCAGUGGACCACAACAAUGUUAUAACAGAUUUCAGCCUGCAUGUGGCCUUAUACUACAGAGAGUCACUGGUAAAGGAAGUGACUGUCACUAACCCAGAAGGUUGUAGGAUCACCUCCUCCUCCACAUGCUCUCCAUCUUCUCCGUCCUCAUGCCCAGAGGACAAGUUUCACAGCGGAGCAGAAGUGGUUUUUUUUCCAUUUCCAUAUCCCGAGUCCCAGAGACAGGGUGCAGAAAUGCUUCCUAACAUACUGGAGAAGGGGGUGCUUCUGUGGAUGACAGCCGAUGGGAUGUACGCCAAGCGCCUCUGUCAGGGACGAGUUUACUGGGAGGGACCUCUGGCCCAAUUUAUGGAUAAACCCAACAAGCUGGAGAAGGAGCAGCCGUGCAAAUUGUUCGACACCCAUCAGUUCCUUAUUGACCUGCAAGAUUUUGCCCACAAUGGUCGGCAUCUGCCCCGACACCAGGUGGUGCUGUGCUUUGGAGAUGAGUAUCCAGACCCACAACGUUCACGAAAGAUGAUCACUGCACAAGUGGAGCCAAUGUUUGCCAGGAAACUGGUCUACUAUUACCAACAGAACGCAGGUCACUACCCUCGAACCUACGACCACAUCCCGGAACAGAACACCCCUUCAGCCAUUGGCUAUCCUUCCCAGCGUCCCCUACAACACAUCCAGGAGUGACAUGCUUGCACGCACGCACACCCACAGACACACAUAAAGCUGCAGCUUUUUCUCUCUCAUUGUGGCUGCAGUUUGUGUACAGUAAGCGACACCGUUGCGGGGUAAAGAUGGGGAAGACCCUGUUGUUCCUUCUUGCACAACUAUUCAUUGUUGUGUCUGUGAAGGGAGAAAUGCAUUUUUUUUUUUUUUACUUUCAACAAAUAUUACUGUGACAAUGUGAAGGAUGCGGUUUGAGGGUGGUGGGGAAUGGGGGGUGGGGGGGGACGAGGGGAGUGCGGGGAAAACUGAAGCAGGAAGUACUAGCACAGGUGCACAGGAAGAAUGGCCCCCCAACACAAACACUGAUACGUCUAAGAGAUAAACCAGGCUAAAUAAAUACUCACUCACUGCUUUUUGUCACUGAAGAAAAUUCCAAUUUUUCUUUUAAAAAAAAAAGCUUAUUUAUAAAUAAAUGCUUUCAUAAACAAUAAAAUUGUUUUCUUGGAUUCCCACUAUAUAUUAUUUUGUAUAUUUUGAUUGAAUUAUUAGUAGUUGAGGCAUUUUAUCUUUCAGUGUAUGCUGAUGUUUUUUUUUUUUUCUAAACUUAGUUACUAUUUUCUAAAGUUUCUACAGAUAUAAUCUCACGUUGGACUGGCCCAAUUUCCUACCGAGUCUCUAUUCUUAAAAAAAAAAAAAUUGGAACACAUUUCAGAACCAUUUUAAUUUUAUUCUUUUUUAUUUCGUUUUUUUUUUUUAAUGAGGAGUAGGGGGAAAAAAAGUGGACGACUUGAAGAGUGGUUAAUAUUUCAUUCAUGAAGUCACCUGUGAUUGGAGACAGAAAUAAAAUGUGAUGUUCCUCUAAGUUCAUGAGGUUUUAGUGGGAUAUUUGUUUGACAGCACUGCAGUGUGAUUCCAAGUAAAAAUUGAUGCUCAUUCCACAUUUUGCUGCAGUUUUGAUAUCACCGGCAGUCCAAUGAGACACAACUGCAAUCCUCGCAUUUGUUCGUUCAAGACAUUUUAAAAUCUGCCUUAAUGCAAAACGCCAGGGUAAUUUAAAAUUGACCAUAGUUUAGCUUUUAGAUGAGUGGUCACUUAUCCAGGCAUUUAGUCUGGGAAAUCUUUAGGUCAAAGAUUUAGUCAGGUGUAAACUCAGCUCGGUUGUGCCACAUUGACUGGAAAAUGAUACUAAUCUCAUAACUUAUCUGUUCCUCUUGACAUGAAACUUGUGGCCUCACGAGUGGGAAGGAAAACUACCUUUAUGGUUAGGAUGCAGGUUCAGACAGAGAGGAGCUCUCUGGUUCCCAUGCAUGGAGUGUCCAUAUAGUCGUACUUCGCCUAAAUGUUCUUACGCAGUAUGACUCAAAAAGGUUAGGAGGAAAUAAUAGUCACAAAUAAAACUUUGUCCUUAAUUUCUGCCCAUUUAACGGCUACCUUUAUUGUUCAUAAAACGGUCAACAAACAGAGAAUAUGGUGUCAGGGACAUGCAGAACAAAUUUGAGAGACAAACUAUUUAUUUCCAAUAUGGACUGGACUGAUGCCUGCAGUUUCUAAUAAAAAGUUGGUGUCCAUGUAAGGUAAACGUAAUAAUUUAGCUGCUGAACAAUUUCAGGCUUUGGUCUCUGUUUUGUUAUUCUUCAUGAAACAGAUGAAACCUCACAGUUUGUUUAAAAGUUAACCUAAGGGGAACAUAUUUUUCAAUUUGAAUAUGCAUUUUGACUAUUGGCAGCACUAAACACUUUUUUUUUAUUUGGUGAAAAUACAAGUUGUUUGGUUCUGAACUAAAAGAUUUUUUAAAUCAAACUACACUUUUUACGUUUAGAGAUAGAUUUUAAACAUUUUUAGAAUGCUUUUUUUAUUGAGCAGUGACACCAAAACUCUUCUUUAAAUUGUGGAGUCUACAAAUAUUAGAUAUGUGCUUCAUUUUAGUAGCAUUUACUUUUACUAUGUUUAUUUUAGGCAGAGUACACACUUCCAGUGGUUUUGUGUGCAUUUGUACAUUUUUAGUGGUCAGACUGAUGGACUCAACAGUACACCUGGUCUGUUUCUUUCCUCCUUGUGCCAAAUUUUGCUCAAGGUUCUGGAUAUGCUCAAAGGUUGAGCGAUAAAAGUUUCCUGGGCUUCGGUGACCCUCAUGCAGCUCUGCCUGGAACCUUAAAGGUCAACUGCACCUUACUUUAGUUUCAAGCCUAAAAAAGUGUUUUCAAAUUGGAUUGAUUUUUUUUUUUCUUUGACUAAAAAUUGUGAUUGUUGGGAAAAACUAAGGCAAAAGAAUCUAUGGUUUUUUUUCUCAAAACUAAAAUGUUUACAUCAUCAGUUAAUUGGCUGGUUGGAUCAUUUUUCAAACAUUUUUCUUGUGUGUGGAUUUGUAAAACAUUCAAACAUAUCUCUCAACAUUUAUUUGAAUGUGUUUCUGGCACAACAUUUAAUAUUUACUUACGCUUAAUGUCCAAUCAUACACGACAAGAACCGGGUCACUGACUGAUUCCCUCAAUUUAAUUCCAAAAUAGUUGUACUAAUAGUAAAUUAUUGUUUAUUAAAUUACAUAACUAUUUGAAAAUGUAUGUUUUUGUUAGGUUAUAGAAAUGUUUCUGAUUUUGUGGCGGUAUAAUUAUUGUGAAGGAUGGAGGUUUUGUUGUUUUUUUCUGUGGUCCAUAGUUUCGAUCUCUGCAUUAACUUCCUUCACACUUAAACCACAUCACUUUCGUAGAGUCUGUCCAAAAUCACAGACGGGAAUCAUUCUUCUUCUUUUAUUUCCAGGAGCCAUAAAUCAUUUUUUUUUCAUUAUAAUUGGUCAGAUGGCCCUAUUUUUUCUUGUCAUUAGUUUGCAAGAAACACUUUGGGAAAAAAACAUCAUGAACUGGAUGUACAGUAUACUGUUGUGGUAAACGCUUUAUGUCAUAAAGCAGCGAAUGAGAUGUAUGGGCAUGUGGGUGGCUGGUUGUCAUAUUACUGUUAUCAGGAUUGGACAUUUUCGGACAGAUUAUGAAACGUGACUCCCCCACCUACAAUCGAACUUUCUCAAAAAACAUUUUCACCGAGUUGUUUUGGCGUAUCAGUGCAAAAAAGACAUCCUCCUUUGUUGUUCCUCUUUUGCAGUUCACGCAAACCAACAAUGGCGGCUCUGACCAGAGCUUCAACGUCUGCUCACACACAUUGUUGAGUUAGCAGUGAAAUGAACGUGCUUUUCUUUUAAAUUUUUACACCGGAACUGGCAGUAUUUUCCAACAUGUGUCAUUGAAAGAUCCUAAAAUUAACAAAUAAAUAAAACGUUAGUUUUUUCUCGCACACAGGUCUUUAUGUCCAAAGGGAGAAAAAUGGUGUUGAACCACUGUCUGUAGUCUGUAUCUUUCACACUGACAAAACAUUUUUUAAUGAGGAUUAGAAUCCUUUUAUAGAAUACCGGUACUUAUUUUUAAUAAAAUUAAAGCAUCUCAGGACUGAACGAAAUGACAUCAGUGUGCAAAACAAAGGUAAUUACCACGCAAUAUAAAUAAGAACAAAUAUUUUUUAAAACUAUGAAGAAAUUCUGCCUUGAACAUUCAGUGUAAAAUGUUUUUAUAUGACGUCACCAUUUACAAUCAACUGCAAAAAUUUGCAAAAUUGUAAAUUAUUCCAACAAUUGUGCUGUUGUGGAUGUUUUUGAGUAUUAAAAUGAAUGUGAGAUUUAUUUGAAAAUAAACAUAUCAAUAUGUUCUUUGUGGUUGCUUCAUAUCUGGGCUCACCACAUUAGCAAAUAAAUGGAGAAAAAAAUGAGUCACAAUUGGUGA